GGGGAGGGGGGACGGCGCUCUGUCUAAUUGCGUUGAUUUGAUUUUGGUUUUUAUUGAGUUAGCAGUUCAGUCACGGUUUGGUGACAGUGAAGAAUUGGGGAUUGUCACGGGGGGGGGGGGGGCAUGUUCUCAGCAGUUUCAAGUGCCACUCUCUGGGGCUUGCUGCUUUUAGGAAUCGGUCAGUCAUGGGCUCAGCAGAGGAAGAGGAAUGUGCUUCUUAUCAUUGCGGAUGAUGCUGGCUUUGAGACUGAGGUGUAUAACAAUACAGCAAUCCGGACCCCGAACCUCAAUGAACUCGCCAAACGCAGUGUCAUCUUCCGAAAUGCCUUCUCGUCCGUCAGCAGCUGCUCCCCCAGCCGCUCUGCCAUCUUAACCGGUCUGCCACAGUUCCCUAUCAGAAUGCACACUGAGACAGUCAGACUCCAAACCAGGAAGGGAAAAACAGCAGGAAAUGAAAUCGAGCGUCUCGUUUCACUAUACUGGAAAGCUGAUGUUGCUGAUGUCUUUGGGGUGUAUCUAGAAAAGGACUUCACUGACAGGAGUGUCCACGGUCUCCCAGCUGGCACUAAGAAGCUUGCCUGUUUUAUCCAAUCUUUUGACAGGAGAGAGCUGCGAACAUUCUGUGCACUACGUGCCCUGAGGACCAGUGCCUGCUAUCACAAUGACAGCCUGGCAACGCCACCCCUCGACAGUGCCCCUAAGGAUUACUCACCAAAGAUAAAGCAGCUGGUGCAGGAAAUAGCGAGCUUGACACUUCUGGAAAUCUCCGACUUAAAUGAACUGCUUAAGAAAACGUUGAAAAUUCAGGAUAUCGGAAUGAUGCCGAUGGCGGGACCGAUGGCAGUUGCUCAGCCAGAUUCCCAGGCAGACGAAGACACUGCCCAGGUAAAGAAAGAGAAAUCCCUUUUCACAGUGAAACUGACAGAAUUCAAAGCGGCAGAGAAAGUGAAGCUCAUUAAGGAGGUGAAGAACUGUAUUCCUGGCCUCAACCUGGUGCAGGCGAAGAAACUGGUGGAGUCUCUUCCUCAAGAGGUGAAGGCUAAAGUCGGGAAGGAGGAAGCAGAGAAACUGAAGGCUGCCCUUGAAGCAGCAGGAGGAACUGUCCAGCUGGAGUAACCUUUCCUGCUCGCUGAGCCAUUGCAGGGUACUGUGGAGACUGGUCACGAGACCUUCCUCGGUGGUCCUCUACGCUGACUGGUGUCCUGGAGCUGCUGUAUACUGUGUCAUGGGACUUACUUUACAGUGGGGAGUGUGGGUUGACCAAGAUAUUGUUUGUACGUGUGUGUCUACAUAUUAUGAUUUUAUACUACUGCCUGAGGGUGCAGUUAUUGGUCCGAUAGGAAUUAGAGGUUUUGUAAAUGCUCACCCCAUGCAGCACCUGGAAUACGAACAUAAUCAACGGAAUCUCCAUGUACAGCGAUGAUUAUUUUCACCCAUCAUUAAAUGAUGAAAAGAAAGAA